AGAACGUUUUUGGUUUUCAUCGUGAUCAGCCAUAUUCUUAUAUUUCUCCUAGGACAUAAAACAAAAAAUAAAUACUCUGUGAAUACGUUUAUAAUUGUUAUCCUAUUCAUGCUUACAGGAUUUCUCAGUGAAUUUCAGUAUGUUAUCCUGAAAUAGAUCAAUAUUUUCUUGGAGGAAAUACUUAUCGAUAAUCUUCGACGAAUUUCAAGCAGAAAAGAGCAGAUUAAAACUGACUUUGCAUUAUCUUAGAAACACCUGUCUCCUCCUCUUAUAAACAAUUCAAUUUACAAUUCUUGGUCAUUUUGGCCGAGUAGCAGCAAUUGCCAGUAAUACCUCCUGAAUAUAGCAAGAUGGCUAGAUUUUAUGCAGAAAUAGUGACGAUGUUUUUUCUACUUGUGUUUGUUUUCAGGAUUGCCAGUGGAACAAGUUGUGGACAGUGUCGGAAUGACGUCAGCUUCCAGUCAAGACCAGGUUGUUAUCAUUGUUUGCAGAGCAUGGAAUCAUUAAUUAAACGAAACCAACCAUUGCCGUCUCUACGAGACAUCUUGGAUUCAAUACAACGUCAACAGCAAAAUAAGCCAGUCUUAACAUCAAUUGAUAAACAAGAGUUUGUCAACUCGAUUCUCCGUGUCUUUCAAGAUGACUCUUUAGACUACAUCCAGCAGUCAUGAUCUGAGUUAAAAUGUUCCCCUAAAAGAACAGAAACCAGAGGGAUUUGAAAAACACACCGUGAAAGACUGAGUUCUUGCAGGCAUAUUCGUUAUUGAUUUAGCAAAGCAUACAGAUACUAUCCAUUUACAGGAUUUUAUCAUCUAUAUAGUUGUCCAAACAAACCCUCAAUCCGAUUUAUUUUAUUUUUCUCUUUUUUAUGUUUCUCUUUCUGACUUUUUCCAAUUGAAGAUGUACUGUACAUGUAUAUAAUAAUAUAAUAACCUAUUCUGCCUCUUCUGUGGACAGUUCCUGUAUAAUUAUGUCGAGAUAGAUAACAACGUCGAUUUUAUAAAAGGCUAACAGAGAUCAUUUAACUUUUGGAAAGAGGAAGAAAUAAAGAUUUUAAGACUACUAAUUUCGUUAAGUUUUUGUUAAAGAUUCGUCAGUAGUCUUUACUCAUUUCUUUUUUAUUAGUACGAAGUAGGGGUAACUUAAUCAUUUUAGUGCAAGGAAUGAUUUGUGGAAAAUGUAUAUAUAAAUUACGUUCAAUGUUGCAAAUGAUUAAAUUUUCAGUGCAUUCAUUACCAUGGUACCUUUUUAAAAGAACGAGCAAGAAACAGUAAAGAUGAUUUUCAUAACAAAUAUAAGGGGUAACAUGAUUUUUCUCAUAAGAUAAUUGUCUCAGCCUCAGUUUUUUAAACAUACAAUGUGUAGGUCAUAUCAGGUUAUGAUGAUUUUUGUGAGGGUUUUGUGGGGGUUAUUUUAGUCAGAAUUAUGUAAUCAUGUAUUCUCAUUUCUUGUUAAACUAUGUAAUAUGUCUCUUGUUUUGAUUGGUUUAAAUAAACUUGAACUUGAAUAAGAAUUAAUUUGACUUCAGAUGGCAUAAACAGAGUUUCCUAAGCGAGUAACAAUAGGAGCAACAAACCGUUUCAUUCCUUCCUACAUCCACCUUAUCAGUUUUUCAUACCUUAAUUCUGCGAUUGUAAGUCAAAUUAGAAAACAAAUAUUCUAAUCGCAUUUUAUUUUUUUUAUUGAUAUUUGAAGUUUACAUAGAAUAAUUCAAAUUUUGUACAAAAUAUAACAAGAUGUAACUAUCACGCUCAUAAGGGGGGUUGACUAUGGUACUUUCUUAACAUCAAAAUAAAAUACUUGGUUAUUGAUUUAUUUUUUAAGUUUCCGUUGACAUUAGGAAGUGUAUUUUUUAAAUGCUCUCACAUUUCAGAGUACUGCUUUGUUUAAAAAAAAAACCCGUGAUUUUAAUUUUGCUUUUUUACAGUGUCCUCAAGUCAUGUGUAGGAUAUGUCAAUGGCCAAGUUGUCAGCCAAAGUGAUUACCCCUGAAGACCCGUUUAAUGUACUAAUGUGCUCUGUUUUGAGAGAAAAAAAUAAACUUCUGCCCUAUUUCUUCAUAUAUAGUUGAUUUAGAUUGUAUUAGAUUUUACAAGCAGUGAAUUAAAUAAUGGAAAAUCAGUCU